AUGGAUGUCAAGCCACCUUCCCCGGCCGAUGAGAAUGGCCUCAAACGGAAACGUCCCGCUGCCUGUGUCCACUGUCACCAACGCAAAGUACGCUGUGACGCGCGCACCGUUGGGGUCCCGUGCUCCAACUGUAGGACGGCGGGGAAACUUGACUGCCGGAUACACGAAAAGAAGAAGCGGACCGCAUCUCGAUCUCUGCGGCACCCUGUCCCGAUCAGAUGCGCUCCCUUUCCCGAGUCGGACGAGCCUCAUGCGCAGGCAUCGCUGGCAAACCCCAUGCCCGACUCCCACCACACCACCAUGUCGAUUUUGGACAUUCCCGCGCAAAAGGAGGACUCGUACCCGGCUGCCUCGGUCAUGGACUGCUCGGAGACGGCACACCACUUCGGAGCGGGACAAGCAAUUGGCCAGCUGAUAGAUGAAGAGUCCACUCACCGCAAGAUCCAGAAGAACGUCAGGGUCAUCUACGUCGGACAGGAUGUAUCUAAUCUAAAUUUCCUUCUGCGGCAACAGCAUCUAGAUCGUGACGAUGAGGUGUAUCACUUUGCUACUAACGAGAUCUCACGCAAGUACAUCGAGUGUGGGUUCGAACAGGUCCCGAGAGAUGCCUUCGUUCUUCCCGAGCCCGCCCUCGCUGACGAGCUUGUCGAUGCGUAUUUUAAACAUGUCAAUCCCGGCUUCCCCAUCUUGGCCGAGGAUAUAUUCAUGGCACAGUAUAAAGGAAGAGACUCGUCAGACGCGCCCUCUCUCCUGGUCCUGCAGGCAGUCCUCCUCGCGGGCGCCCACGUCUCCCGUCCGAGGCCGAUGCGAGACACGCUCAAGGCUGCCUUCUUUCGUCGAGCCAAGCUGCUCUUCGAAGCGCGAGUUGAGCGCAAUAGAGAUAUAAUGGUCCAGGCGGCUCUCUUACUUACCUGGUAUUCAGAUCCAGUUGAUGACGAUGUAGCUGCGAAUGCUCAUUACUGGGUAGGCGUCGCUGCAAGGAUAGCCACCGGCCUAGUACCGCACGACAAACGUAUGUGGCGGAGAGCAUGGUGGAUACUAGUCCAGUUUGACGUAAUGGUUUCCUUGCAAUAUGGUCGCCCACAGGCAAUAAACCUGGAUGACUGUGACGUCGAACCGCUGAGAGCUUCCGACUUUGAAGGAUGCGGCAACAACAUUCAACAGGACUAUGUUAUACAGUUCACCGAGCUAUGCUGCAUGAUCUCUUUCAUAGUGAGGGAGCGGUUCGGCCUACGUAUCUCCCCGGAAAGACGUAAGGCGAUCCUCUCUGAGGCAGACAGGGCGCUUGCAAACUGGUCCAUCAAGCUCCCCGACACCGUCCGCAUGUCUACCACAGACAUGGAUGCCUGGCCCGCCCUACUCCAUCUUACCUACAACAACUUCCUCAUUCUCCUCCAUCGUCCGCAUCCACGUGCAUCCGCAGACACAUACGCACACAAUGAUGCAGAGAUUUGCAGUGCCGCCGCUGGCGUCAUCGUAUCUAUAUUUGAAGAGCUCCGGGAAAAGGACCGCAUCAAAUAUCUCUGGUCAUCCGCCGUCAACACACUGUUCACAGCCAUGAUCCAAAUAAGAGUCGAGCUGCGAUUCUCUAACCCUGUACUGGCCAUCAAUGCUCUGCGACGCUUCGACUCAACGCUUGUCACUCUCCGCGCCUUAAAGCAUCUUCCACCUCUUCGAGAGCUCCAACGCCUAAAAUACGAUAUGCAGAUGGUCAAAUCCAAGCAGACCAACACCGCGAGAGCUCGAGAAGGUGAUCCCAUCUCCAAAGUCAGCGAAGGUCCACCCCCACAGGUUGAGGCGCUCUUGCCACAAUCCCAGCUACAGAGCUGGUGGCCCAAGACACAAUUCAGCGAAAGGCUUAAUUAUUUCACGCAUUCAGAACCCAUCGUACCUGUCAGCGGGCCUCAACCACAGCAGCCGCAGCAGCAACAACAACACCCACAACCUUCCGAACAUCUCCCAGGACAAGGACCGGAUUGGCGGCAGUUGUUUACCUUUGCAGAGUCUGAGCCAUGCGGUGCGGUUGUUCCUGAAAACCUUAAUGAUAUGGAAGAUGAAUGGCGCGAGCUUUACUUGCACGAUCCAGGCUUGACGGACUAUUUUCAAGAGAGCACCUGGCUGCAAAGCUAG